AUGAUGUUGCUGCGACGACUGUUGUUUUUUAUGGCAUUGCUUUUGACUGUUGCCUGUGUGUGUAUGGCGGCUGGAGAGGCUGGAGAGGUAGAAAGUACAUGUUCUGAUCCUUCAACUGUUUCUGAUGAUGGUGCUUGUAGUGAUACAGGCAAGAAGGGUUGCAAGUGUGAAAAUGAAACUGACGUGGAAGAACAAGAUCUUUCUGAGUGUGCGGAACCAUCUGAGAAGGAGAUUUGCCCUACCGAGGAUGGUGGGAGUGAAGAAAAUUGCCGUAAAGAUACCAAACCUACUUGUCGAUCAAAGGAACCAGCCCCACCUUCACCAAAGGAACCGGCUCCUGAAGGCGAACGCGGUCCUACUGGUACUGUUGGCGCUGCUGGUGCUGCUGGACCAGGUACAGGAGCUGGUGGUAAUGGUGCUGAAGGUACUGGUGCUCUUCCUGCAGCUGCUACUGCUGCUUCAACCAGUUCUGUUCCGGGAACAAGUCAAGCUACGAAACCUGAUCAACGCGAAGCUGAUCUCGCUGCUUCAGCUCCUGGUAAGGAAACUGGUGGCCAGACUGCAGUUGAAGAUCACGCUGAAAGCAGCGAUAACAGUACAGCAGGUGGAAAUGCAACAACGGCUGACGCUGCAGCAGAACAGCCUUCUUCUUCUACCACUACAGUCACAGAGAGUACCAGCGGAUCUGACACUUCA